UUUUCAAAUACCAUGAUUUUUUAAGUCUUAAACUGUAAACCAUAAAAACGAAGCUGUGUGAUUAAAAACUUGUUGUUUAGAAAGUGUUACCAGUAGAAGAAUACUUUAAAACCUGGCUCCUACAUAGAAAGAUCAGAAAAAUUACUGAAAUUUUUAAAUAGCUAGCAGCAUGGGAGUUCCAGCUUUCUUUCGAUGGUUAAGCAGGAAAUAUCCUUCAAUUGUAGUUCACUGCAUUGAGGAAAAACCUAAAAUUGUUAAUGGGGUUAAGAUUCCAGUUGAUACAUCACUUCCAAAUCCCAACGAUGUAGAAUUUGAUAACCUUUACCUGGAUAUGAAUGGAAUAAUACAUCCGUGUUGUCACCCUGAAAAUAAACCUGCACCUAAGGAUGAGGAAGAAAUGAUGAUUGCGAUAUUUGAAUAUAUUGACAGAAUAUUUAGCAUUGUCAGACCACGGCGACUACUUUAUAUGGCCAUUGAUGGUGUAGCACCUCGAGCAAAAAUGAAUCAACAAAGAUCUCGAAGAUUUCGGGCUUCUAAAGAGUCUGUUGAGAAAGUUGAUUUGAUUUCACGCUUGCGUGAAGAAUUGACAAGUAAAGGAGUACAGUUACCUCCUGAAAAACCUAAAGAGGAACAUUUUGAUAGCAAUUGUAUUACACCGGGUACUCCAUUUAUGGCAAGGCUUGCAAAGUGUUUGCAUUACUACAUCCAUGACAGAUUGAAUAGUGAUCCUGGUUGGAGAAAUAUUGAAGUUAUUUUAUCUGAUGCAAAUGUUCCAGGUGAAGGAGAGCAUAAAAUCAUGGAUUUUAUUAGACGACAAAGAGCAAACCCAGAUCAUGAUGCAAAUACACGUCAUUGUCUGUGUGGAGCUGAUGCUGACCUCAUUAUGCUUGGUUUGGCUACACACGAACCUAAUUUUACAAUUAUCCGUGAGGAAUUCAAACCAAAUCAACCAAGGCCAUGUGAAUUAUGUGGACAAUUAGGUCAUGAAAUGAAAGAAUGCACAGGAGGAGCAAAAGAGAAACAAGGAGAGUUUGAUGAGUUAGAGAAACCUUUAGAACAAGAUGUUGAAUUCAUAUUUAUUCGACUGAAUGUCUUAAGAGAAUAUUUAGCUAAGGAAUUGACUAUGGAAAAUCUACCAUUUCCUUUUGACUUAGAGCGUGUUAUUGAUGAUUGGGUGUUCAUGUGUUUCUUUGUUGGAAAUGAUUUUUUACCUCAUCUUCCUUCGCUUGAAAUAAGGGAAGGAGCAAUUGACAGGCUUGUUGAGUUAUAUAAGAAGGCAGUUUAUAGAACUGGAGGAUAUGUUACAAAUAGCGGUGAUGUUGAAUUAUGUAGAGUUCAGCUGAUUUUGACAGAUUUAGGUGAAGUUGAAGAUGAAAUCUUUAAAAGACGACAGGAAUCUGAGUUGGCUUUUCGUGCACGACAAAAGGACAGAAAGAAACGAAUGAAGAUGAAUGACGACAGACCUGCUUGGACUCCAGGUGGGCAAUUUAGUCCCAUGUCUUUGUCAAGAACCCCUUCUCCAGUUCAAAAUGCCCGCCAUGAAGCAUAUCAGAUGAGGAUGUAUGGCACUUCGCCUCAGUCUGGUGGAAGAGAGCGACUAGAAUCUAUGCUUCAGCCUGCUGAUUCUCAAUCUCAGCCCAACAGUAAACCUGAAACACCCAAAGGAAAGAAAAGGAAGCGAGAAGAUGAAGAUUCUGAUGAUGAACCAGAACCUGAAGAUGAUGUGCGAUUGUGGGAAGAUGGUUGGAAAGAUAGGUACUAUGAAGUGAAGUUUAAAGUUAGCAAAGAUGAUCAUGAAUUUAGACAUAAAGUGGCUGAUGCUUAUGUGGAAGGUUUGUGUUGGGUUCUUAAGUACUACUAUCAGGGCUGUGCUUCUUGGAACUGGUAUUUUCCAUAUCAUUAUGCACCUUUCGCAUCUGACUUCAUCAAUGUUGGUGAUUUAAAAAUCAAAUUUGAUAAAGGAAAACCAUUUAAACCGCUGGAACAAUUGAUGGCUGUAUUUCCUGCAGCAAGUAAGCAGCAUGUACCAGAGCCAUGGGGUGAAUUAAUGACUGAUCCAGAAUCUCCAAUCAUUGACUUUUAUCCUACUGACUUUAAAGUGGAUCUAAAUGGGAAGAAAUAUGCAUGGCAAGGUGUUGCUUUGUUACCUUUUGUAGAUGAAAAAAGACUUUUAAAAGCUUUAGAAAGUGUAUACCCUAAAUUAACUGCAGAAGAAAUAAAAAGAAAUGUCAGAGGUAAUGAUAGGUUGUAUGUUCGCAAAGGUCAUAAGGGUUAUGACUUUCUGAUUGCUCUUUAUGAAAAUGGGAAGAAUUGGAAAUUAGAAAUAAACAUGAAUCCUCAGCUGUUUUCUGGUAUGGGAGGAACUGUCAUUUUGUCUGAAGAUGUUAUUCAUCCUAAAGAAACUGUCCCUAGCCCUGUUCAGGCCUUACCUGAUAUACCUGGAAAUGCGACAGUAUGUAUCAGUUUUGUUGAUCCACAGUAUCCGGACAAUUUUAAAUUCCCUGCAACAAGAUUAGAAUCAGCUGUCGAUCCGCCUAAAGUUCUGAAACCCGGUCAGAUGCCAGUACCUGAUUAUAGAAAUAGAAAUAAUUUCAGGAGACCUCAAGUUGGCAUGGCUCCAUAUAACAAAAGAAUAUCAGUAGAUUCAGGAGGUCACAGGAUGCUGAACCACAGUUUAGGAGGCAGAAGUGCAGGUUAUGGUAAUGUUCCUCCUCCAAACAGUUAUGGUGGACGUGAUCGGUAUUCAUCUGGGGCAGGACGGGACCGAUACUCCCAAAAUGCAGGACAGGAUCGAUAUCCAUCCAGUGCAGGGCAUAACCGAUAUCCACCUAGUAAUGGAGCACAUGAUCAAUACCCGCCAAGUGCAGGACGCAGCCAAUAUCCACCUGGUGCAGGACACAAUCAGUAUCCACCCAGUGCAGGACGUAACGAAUAUCCACCCAGUGCAGGACGUAACGAAUAUCCACCCAGUGGAGGACGUAACGAAUAUCCACCCAGUGGAGGACGUAACCAAUAUCCACCCAGUGCAGGACGUAACCAAUAUCCGCCCAUUAUCGGGCAUAAUUCAUCUAAUACCAGAAGGGACCAAUAUUCAGCAUCUCGACCUUCCUCAUCAUCAUAUUCUUCUGGUCCUGAUGAAAGAACAUUCCAAGAACCUGUGGUUUACAGAGAGAAUGGUGGUGUUGAUCAUUUUCUUCAACAAUGUGUGUCAAGUCAAGAAUGUGUCAUAGUCUUAUGA